AUGAUUUCUGGCAUAAGAGAGAAGAUAUGGCUGUUUGCCGCUGUGACAUAUUUGUUUCAGGGGAUUACUUAUUCAGAAGAACUUAGAAGAAUGAAAAGAGCUGUGGACCCUGAAGCAUUUAUGAAUAUUAAUGAUCUCAUUGCUUACAAAGGGUAUCCUUGUGAGGAGUAUGAAGUGGCUACAGAGGAUGGUUAUAUCAUUACCAUUAACAGAAUCCCUUAUGGUACACAGAAUCAGGGAAACCCAGCUCUGAGACCUGCUGUAUUUCUCCAACAUGGAUUACUGGGAGAUGCUAGUAACUGGGUCACAAGCCUACCCAACAAUAGCUUGGGCUUCCUUCUAGCUGAUGCUGGCUUUGAUGUUUGGAUGGGAAAUAGCAGAGGGAAUCGCUGGUCCAGAAAACAUCAAAAUUAUACCAUUGAUCAAGAUGAAUUCUGGGCUUUCAGUUUUGAUGAGAUGGCAAAGUAUGAUAUUCCAGCAGCAAUAAAUUUCAUUGUGGAGAAAACAGGACAGGAAAAGUUGUACUAUAUUGGCUACUCACAAGGUACAACCCUUGCUUUCAUUGCAUUUUCAACAAUGCCAGAGCUGGCUCAAAAAAUCAAGCUCUAUUUUGCAUUGGCACCUGUCACUACUAUUAAGUAUGCUAGAAGCCCGGCAACAAAACUCCUCCACCUUCCUGAAAAAUUGCUGAGGAGUUUGCUUGGCAAAAGAGAAUUCCUUCACCAGACCGAACAUCUGAGAAAGAUAAUGGCCCCUGUUUGUAGCCACCGAGCUUUUGCCAGGCUUUGUAGAAGUGUCUUCUUCAGUCUGGGUGGCUGUAACCUGAAAAACAUUGACAAGAACCUAAUCGAUGUGUAUAUUGCACAAACCUCAGGUGGAACUUCCGUGCAGAACAUAAUCCACUGGAGUCAGGAGGCUCGCUCAGGGAAGUUCCAAGCCUAUGACUGGGGCAGUUCAGAGAAGAACAUGGGGAAAUACCAACAGGCUACUCCUCCUCUCUACAAUGUAGAGGAGAUGACUGUACCAACUGCAGUAUGGACUGGGGGACAAGACUCACUUGCAGAUCCCAAGGAUGCAGCCAUUUUACUGUCUCAAAUUAAGAGGCUCAUCUAUCACAAGAGGAUUCCCGAAUGGGCACACUUGGAUUUCAUCUGGGGGUUGGAUGCACCUUUGCGCCUGUACAAUGAGAUUAUUGAUCUGAUGCAGAGGUAUCCUUAA